UUGUACCGUUGAUUGGGAAUGUCAUGUUAGUACCGUGUUUUGUGACAUUCCUCUUUUAGCUGACCCAAAGCUGUUGGGAGUGUCGCUCGCGUGCUCAGUGGUACCUCUGUAACUCGCUUUCUCCUACUCUAGCUGGACCACCAGGUCUACUCCUGCAGCUCCGCGGCGUGAUAGCAAACACGGGAGAGAGAGAGAGAAAGAGAGUACCUCUUCCGUAGCACUGCCUUCAGGCGAGAACCUAGCACCACGACAAGGUGACAAGAGCGAUACCACCUUGCAGCAGUUUGUAGCUAACUAACUAACUUUUUGUUACUUCUUGGCGUUCCUUGUGUGAAGGUGUGACCAGGCAAGCUGCGUACUAGUACACGGGUGAUACCUAGGCUAUGGCCUAGCGCACCUCAUACUAGAAUCCUCUUCUCUCUUCGGACAGCUGACGUGUGCGUCUUCGGUAUCAACCUCGUCGUUCGCAUCGACACCCAGCUGCACAGGCUCAAACUUCUUCAGUGUGACAUGAUCUGUUCGGCCGAUGAUCGUCUAGUGACCAUCCGAUACGCGUUACCAACAAUCAGGUAUUGGAGACUGGAGUGACGGCAGGAACGCAGUUCGACCCUGCUAUGCUUGCCAUCGCAUUGAGCUGGCGUACAAGAUCCCUUCGCGACCCCAAUGUCACACGCUGAGUGAGCGAGUGAUAGGAGUACAGACGGACGGCCCAGUCUCCCCCUCUGGCUGAAAUACACCAAAACUGACUUUGACUGUCUUUCGAGUCUCGGAGAGGUGUCUCUGUCACUUGUGUGUGUGACCAAAAUGAGUGUAGAGCACGCAAUUAUGUAUCAAUCCGGAUAAUGCCCAUCGGGAACUGAUUGUGAUAAGCGAUUACGUUACAUAAUCACGUCUGCUGCAGGGAACGUCGACGGAGUCGAAACGACCGAACUGUUGGUCUCACUUAGUACUUGCGUCUUUCUCCGCCGAGCAGGAAAACGAACUCGUCGCUUUGCUGCGCUGUGACUAGAUUACAGACGAUUAUUUUAGUUGUACUGAACGGCGAAGUAAUCUUUCACUGACUUCAGUUCUGACAGCAAGGUGGGUAUACUGCCUGGCCGCUCUCUACCACUUCCCGGCUGACUCGGUGUCACCACAGAACCGCUCAUAAGCUUCCAGGUUGGGAACUCUGAUGCAAACCCCACUUUCGCUGCCUUUUUUUAGUUUAUUGAGUCUGACUUGCCGGGCAGCGGACCUAUCUUCAGUCAGUUCAGACUUCAGCCUAGCUGUCACCCACCAAGCUCCUGGGGGGGGACUGGAAUGAGAGAGGACACAGUGCCAGAGACCACGAAUUGAACGUCACUGCCGACACGAUUCGACGUCAGAUGUGGAACCGAUGACUGGCGGACUGUGAUGACCUCUGCUCGCACAGAAUCACUCCGACUCUGGUCGUGAUUCGAACUGAACUGGGGUGCGCUCGACCUACUGACUGUCAGUGUCACAGACUCAGUGUCAGCGAAGUGCGUACAUCCAUCUGCUACAACAGACUCCGGAUCAUUGGUACACUCUCUAGCAAGCGGUGGCAGCUGGCCGAGCGACUCUCGUGAUUGAUACUGCCUAGCUCGAAGCACGUGCCCGACAUGACAGGAUUGUUGACAAAUCAGUACUAAGUAUUAGCAUUGGAUCGACGACGCGUCCGUGUCGCUCCCAGAAUCCUGAAAUACGGAACGCAUCGUUGCCGUCCAUCUCGGCCCGUCGACUCCCGCAGUGACCGUCCUAGCUGUGCUGGCGGGUGUCUCCUGAUUUCAUGUAUCUGCACUCCGCGCCACGCGCUGUGAAGAAUAAAAAUAGGGAGCGGUGCAGAAUUAAUGACUAUAUGUUCGAUUUCUAGUUUUGAUUGGCGAAGGAGAUGAGGGCAGAAAGGUCAUCGCAAUGCGUGAUGUACAUCCAGUUCAUCGUCCUGCAUUUGUCUGCUACUCCGUAGCAUUGCUGCUGUGCUGUUCGACUUGCUUGUACGACCUGCGCCUUGUGUGCGUUGCCGCUGGUCAGGACCUCACGAAUCAAACCGACACGACGGACAAUGGAGUCCCGGUGACAACAUCUAGUGAUGCCGGUAACGCAUCGGCUGCACCGGUGUCCUCAUUAUCCGAGGAUGUCGCAGCUGCAAUCGUGAAUGUUACCACGUUACGCAAUCGGCUGAAACGCUCUCAGCUCGUAUUGAAGAACAUCACCGAGGCGUUGCGGCUGAAUCAGGACGGAGACAGUAAAAAAUGCACUCCAGCUCCGCCUUUGAACAUUAGCUACGCAGUAUACCGGUACCAGAAGCAGGCAGGCAAACAGGCGGUGGCCAAUUCCAUAUUUCUGUCCAACCUUUGGGCUCGGCAAGCCAACCCAGCUGGUGCAUGCAGCAAGGUUGAACCAGGCACAUGUGGACGUACUACUGUUGGUGGUAGCAGUGAUCCUAGUGUAUACGCCGACCAGCUAGUCGUGUUCGAGCGCUUGCGGACGUCUACGCUGUCUGAUACGAACAUCUUUGCAACCGGCGGCUGCUUCGGUGCACCCAUAAUGUCCUUGUCCUGCAACCUCACUUGUGUAUAUGCGAGUCGUAACGUUACGUAUGCGCAGGUGAAGAAGAAUUCCUCACUGGCAGACAAGUAUGGUAAAAGUAGUUUGGAUGAGUUCAGCCAAGUCAUCAUCGACGAGUACAUCGGCAAUGAGCCAGAAUGGUUCUACGGGCCAAGAAACAGAUUCAACAAAGCCAUAGCUGAUAAUCGAAGUGAGGAGUUCAGGUACCGCCGUUUGCCAGCCUCCCUGGGCUGGUCACCAGCAGUGGGUGAAGACAGUGUAUGGGACACCCGUGUUACGUACGAGCACGGCUACUGGACGCGGCCAUACUUUGAUUGCAAAAUCAGCUUUGUGUGGAUGAUUUCGUUCAUGAUGCCCAUCGUGAUACCAACCACGCCAUCAUCACACAGCACAGCAGUGGUGUCGCAGGGUACUGGAAGUGAGUUAAAUUCUACAGCAACGACAAGUGACGUUCAGUUCAUGGGUGUGACCGGCGUGGAUAUUGAACUCGGCAAGGUGGACAUCAACCAGUGCCUGGAAAAGAACACCCAUGGCCAGGUGUUCUCUGAUGACCUUACCAACACUCACCUAUGCCCAUCUAGCACUGACUGUGUAUUCGUCAGUGGUGGUGGCUUCACAAGCGGCUCGUACAGAUGUCGCUGCAAAGACAACUACUACUACGAUGCCUCGGGCUCGGCACAACCGUACGUGAACGGGUACAGUGGGUCGGAUAUCGACGCGUUUGUCCUGAGCCUAGCCGAGGGCAGGUGCAAUGAGACCGGCAUCGACGCCCUGGACUGUCUUGCCGCCACCAUCACGCGAGCGUUCUCGUGCAAGCAGUGCCACCAGUCCUGCCAGACCUGCAACGACAGCAGCCGCUGCCUGUACGAGAACAACCAGGCCAUGGUCAUCUCCAUGUCCGUUCUCAACCUCGCCGGCGUCGUCAUGGCGAUUGUCUUUGCGGUCGUCAUCAUCGUCUGUCGCAAGCGCAAGGUCAUCAAGGCGGCCAGCUGGCCAUUCCUGGUCACAGCGCUGGUCGGUGCCAUGCUAAUGUUCGGUCCAGGCAUCAAGCGGCCGUACGUCUCGGUGAGCAUACAAAAGCUCCGCUGCAAGCUGGACGUUGUGCUGGAGACGGCGGGCUUCUCGCUGCUCUACGGCUCCAUAUUCAUCAAGAUCUGGCGCAUUCAGCAGCUCAUCUCGCCGAAAUUUCUCAAGAAGACUCUUGUGCGUGGACAGAACCUGGACGGCCGUGCAAUCGCUCGUCGCCUUCUGCUGCUUCUCGUUCUGACGGUGCUGUUCCUUGUGCUGUGGAUGUUAGCCAUGCCACCCGAGUUGUCCUUUAAGGAAGUUCCUGGUGAUCUGAACUACUACCAGUGCAACAAAGGGCCUUUCGGCUAUGCUUCGUUUGGAGUUCAGCUUGGCUUGAUGCUCUGGGGUGCGUACCUGUGCCAGCGUACCAGGAACGUUGCCGCCAAAUUCACCGACAGCCGCGAACUCACCAUUUCCAUCUACAUGUUCAUAGCCGUCGUUUCACUGGCAAAGACCCUCGAGUAUGCACUGCUAACAGGCCAUGCAGACGAGGAGCAGCUGCUCUACACGCUGCGAGUGCAGAUCACCGUCACCGUCACCGCCCUGAUCAUCUUCGUGCCCAAGGCGCGCGAGAUCUACCACUCGUCGCUGUUCUACAAGCGGCGCGUCUUCAGGCGUGACUCGUCGCGCAAUCGCCGCACCGGCCGCAUGUCCCAGGUGUCGAUCGGCUCUGUCGACCGAGGCCGCUCGUUGCAUCGCGCCUCGAUCCUCAGCCGAACGCGCAGUGAUGUACUGAGCGCGCCGCUGGAGAAACGAGUGUCCAAAACAACCGUCAAUGUGCCCGACAGUCUGCCGGUGAGCAACGGAACCCACAGGUUUAUUCAAAGAACUAGCUCUAUAGCGUCACCCAACUCUCUAUUUGCAUCCCAAGUUGUCGAGGCUGAUGAAGCCAAUUUGUAGCUAGUUCAACCAGAAAAAUAGCUUUAAAUGUGUCUCAGAUAUUUUCGCAGAGACCUUGAGAAAGUUGAGCAGCAAGCUGACACAGAUAUAUAAUUAUAUCUCUUCAUCUGUUGAUUCGCGAAUAGAGAUAUCCGUGUGAUUGGCUUCUCCAUUUUUUGUGUGUCGGCUUUCCUUGCACCCACACUUUCUCCUGUAUGCCUGGAGAAAACAGUGCCAAAUUUAUGUGUAGCAAAUUUCCAAUCAAAGUAGAUCUAUUAUGUGGCUAUUUCUGCUUGUACGUCCAAGCAACCAUUUACUAGAUUUCUAUUCAACUGUUAGACUGGCAUGCACCGCCUGAUGACAUUAUUAUAGCUGGUGCAUCAAGGCUUGAUCAUUACACACCUACUUGACAAUAUCUGACUUGUUUUCCUUGCACGCAUGAGCUGAAGAGAAGAGAUCCAGUUGUACUGCGUUGUAACUUGAUGGUUUAUGCCCAAUUUGAAUACAAGCCUGAUUUUCAAGAUGGA